CCCAGACUCUGUUGUAAUCGAGUGCAUUCAACUCAGAGGUCCAAAACCGCCUAAGCGUGAAAUUGAAUUAUGAUUGCAUAUGCACUGUUAUAAUUUGUUAUAGUGGUUUAAAAGCCCAAGGUCGUCAUUGCUAGUUUUCUGCGCUUUAAUUAACUGUGGACAAUUAGGCGAUAUGUCAAGUUUGCAAUUCAGGGAGCUGUCAAUGGUACUGAAAUGUAAUUGACAAUCAGCCCCGCGUUUGCCUGUAGUGCCGGCAGAGGGAGCAACAGGGCAACGUUUAUUAUUUAAUUCCUAUCGGCCUACAGGUAUAAUAGCAUGCGCAUGCGCAUGCCCACAUGUACCUGUAAAUAGUUCUGAGAAAGUAGAUUUCAUAUCUACCGGUGCGUGAAAAGAUUGAUUCAGGAUUAAACACAUUUUUGCAUUCUGUUGUCUAUUUUUGCAGGCUCUUUGUAAAAUGUCGUGCAGUGAAAUUAAACAUAUUUCCUGUUGCCUCACAAAUUGUUUCAGAUGACUCAAUUGAGAGGUUAAAAAAAGGUAUUGCUUCCCAAAUCCUGAUAACUUUUGAAUGUGAGAUGACAUGGGCCAGCCGUAGCCUAAUCCCCUGGUCAGGCGUCGCUCCCAUCCUCCCGGGCCAGCCGCUCAGCAGCUCAAGGGCAAACGGAGGUUUUAGGACCUUCCACUCUCAGCGCAACGGCUCAGGAACACGCAUGAAUUACAACCGUGCGCUUUUUGUGGCAAUUUGAAGUUUUUUUUUAUCAGGACUGACAUUUUGUAGCAAUCAAAUGGAAAGGAAGGGUGUUUUGGGUGAGUCCGUAGGCGGGCGUUGACCCUGUAGCACCGAAUGAAGCGCGGUUCAAAAUGCCUAACAUCAGGGGAUUUGACAACUGGCAUUCAUCCGGGAGUCACUUUUAAACGAUAACCUCUGGAUUCGGCCUCGCAACAUAACAGGCGCCAUUUUCAGUCUCUGUAACGUGUAAUUGAAGUAAUUUAUCGAUUUAAUAAUCAGGAUCUUCCUGGAGACAAAUGAAACAUGGAUUCUACUUGGGUUUUCUGGCCAUUCUGUUCUCUAAAAACUGAAAAACGAAACUCUGGAAGCUAUGCUACAGAACACGGAGUUUCACACCUGUAAGUAAAUUCUAGUACAGGAUAAUCAGGAUGAAAAGAUGGCAGCCAUGCUGUUACCAACGGGUCCUGAUGGCUUGCGCCGGUUCACUCGCGAAUCCCUGGCCGCCAUCGAGCAGCGGAUUGCCGGGGAGCAGGCCAAGAACGCCAAGGAUUACCAGGAGGAUCUGGGCAACGUGGAGCUGCCCAUGUCCAGGCCCGACCUGGAGGCCGGAAAACAACUUCCACGCAUCUUUGGUGACAUUCCCCCAGGACUGGUUGGGGUACCUCUGGAUGACAUCGAUCCCUUCUACUUCAAGAAUCAGAGGACUUUUAUAGUAGUUAAUAAAGGGACGGCCAUCUUCCGGUUCAGUGCCACGUCUGCUCUCUAUAUAUUUACCCCUUUCACCUUCCUCAGAAGAAUCUCCAUCAAAGUCCUGGUCCAUUCAUUAUUCAGCUUGUUCAUUAUGUGUACUAUUCUGACCAACUGUUGCUUCAUGGCCAUGUCGGACCCUGCCCCUUGGACCAAGUACCUGGAGUACACGUUCACCGGUAUCUACACCUUUGAGUCCAUGAUAAAGAUAUUUGCGAGAGGAUUCUGUGUCGGGCCGUUCACCUUCCUGAGAGACCCAUGGAACUGGCUAGAUUUUAGUGUAAUCUCUAUGGCAUAUCUCACGGAGUUUGUGGAUCUGGGAAACGUGUCUGCAUUGCGAACAUUCAGGGUCCUCCGAGCGCUGAAAACCAUCUCUGUCAUUCCAGGCCUGAAGACCAUCGUUGGUGCUCUGAUCCAGUCAGUGAAGAAGCUUGCGGACGUGAUGAUCCUGACUGUGUUCUGCCUGAGCGUGUUCGCCCUGAUCGGCCUGCAGCUCUUCAUGGGCAUCCUGCGGCAGAAGUGCGUCCGUAGCGCGGCACACUGCGUCAACUCGUCGUACAACGUCAACGACACUUUCACCUGUAACAACAGGACCUGGAGCUCCAUGAACGACUUCGUCACCAAUGAAGAUAAUUUCUACAAAGUUGAAGGAGCAAAGGAUGCCUUAAUUUGUGGAUAUGGACAAGAUGCAGGGAAGUGUCCUGAGGGAUUUGACUGUCUGAGAAUAGGAAGGAACCCUAACUAUGGUUAUACCAGCUUCGACAGCUUUGGCUGGGCUUUCCUGGCGCUGUUCCGGCUGAUGACCCAGGACUACUGGGAGAACCUAUAUCAUCAGACUCUGCGUUCAGCAGGGAAAACCUACAUGGUCUUCUUUGUGCUGGUCAUCUUUCUGGGUUCCUUCUACCUGGUCAACCUGAUCCUGGCUGUGGUGGCCAUGGCCUACGAGGAACAGAACCAGGCCACCAUCCAGGAGGCCUGGAUGAAGGAGAGAGAGUUUCAGCUGGCCAUGGAACAUGUACGCAGAGAACAGAGGAUGGCCGAGAGAAGAAUCCAGCAGGAGACAGACUCUGGCAUGUCUCCAGAGCUGUCCCCGUUUCAACUCAAAGUGAGCAGUAGUUUGAAACGGACAGCCAGUAGAAGAUCUCGCAGGAUGCUGUCCGAGGAUCCAGAGGACGAAUCAGACGAGAAGUUUGAUCCACUGGAUGAGCGGGUGCUUGUCCCCCUGCCUCCCACGUCUCCCAUGCCCGUCCACCCUCUCCUUGCUGCCAUGUCGUCCCACCCUCUCAGCACCCGCCGUGGCAGCCAGGCCAGUAUCUUCUCCUUCAGGCCCUGUACCACCUCUGAUGCCGAUUUCGGGGAUGACGAGUACAGUGUUCACGGGGACAUCAUGGGGAGGAGCAGGGCAGGCUCCACCAUCGGCCCCAACUGGCAACACAAGCACAAAAGGACAGGCAGCGUGAGGAGCCAUUGCUCCCAGGUCUUCACCCCCAGUCUCAACAUCAACGGACGUCUCAACAUCUCCCUGGACCAGAACGGCGUCACCACUGUCGGCCUGCACACCCCCACCUCCCUACCCGCCUGCAGCAUGGAGAAGGUCAAAGAAGAUAAAGAGCCCACCUGUAUAGAAGAGUCCAGUGCCAAGCCAGCCCAGCUCUCCCCCGAGACUGCAGAGCCUCCCCUCCGUAGGAAGCGCGGUCUGAGCUCCAUUAGCUUCCUCAGCGAUGCCAUGGAUGGUGAGGGUACCUUCAGAGAGCUGGAGGAGUCUCGUCAGAAGUGCCCCCCGUGCUGGUACACUUUUGCCAAGGCGUACCUGAUCUGGGACAGGUGCCCGUGGUGGCUGAAGGUAAAGGAGUAUGUGAAGAUGAUUGUGAUGGAUCCCUUCCUAGACCUGGCAAUAACCAUCUGUAUCGUCCUCAACACCCUCUUCAUGGCCCUGGAACACUACCCCAUGACCGACGAGUUCAACAAUGUGCUCUCUGUUGGCAACCUGGUGUUCACAGUGAUCUUCACAGCAGAGAUGGUGUUCAAGCUGAUAGCCAUGGAUCCAUACUUUUACUUCCAGCAGGGCUGGAACAUGUUUGACGGCAUCAUCGUCUGUCUCAGCCUCAUGGAGCUGGGCCUGUCCAACGUAGAGGGACUGUCUGUCCUGCGCUCCUUCAGACUGUUGCGAGUGUUCAAGCUAGCGAAGUCAUGGCCCACCCUGAACACACUGAUAAAGAUCAUCGGUAACUCCGUGGGCGCUCUGGGAAACCUGACCCUGGUACUGGCCAUUAUCGUCUUCAUCUUCGCCGUGGUGGGCAUGCAGCUGUUCGGCAAGAACUACCAGGACUGCGUUUGUAAGAUCUCUAAGGAUUGUAUGUUACCCCGCUGGCACAUGAAGGACUUCUUCCACUCGUUCCUCAUCGUGUUCCGGGUGCUGUGUGGCGAGUGGAUCGAGACCAUGUGGGAUUGUAUGGAGGUGGCAGGGCAGCCUCUCUGCAUCCUAGUCUUCAUGCUGGUCAUGGUCAUAGGAAACCUGGUGGUGCUGAACCUGUUCUUGGCCCUGCUGCUCAGCUCGUUCAGCUCAGACAACCUGUCAGCUCCCGACGAGGACGGAGAGAUGAACAACAUCCAGAUCGCCGUCGCCCGCAUCCACACGGGGUUCGCCUGGCUGAUGAGGAACGUCACCGAACUAUUCAACGGAAACCUGAAGAAGAGACGUCUCAUGACUAAAGACGUUCAGAUUUCUGUGAAGCUGACACCCGUAGCGAAUCACGUGGAGAGUAACGGUGGGGUGGGGGUCGGGGUGGUGGGGGUGAUCGGACGCUACGGAGAGAAGGUCCCGGACGACGACAGCUACAUGACCAACCCCAACCUGACCAUCAGUGUGCCCAUCGCUCCAGGGGAGUCGGACGUGGAGUUCCCUGAGGAAGGAGAGGUGGAGGAGGAGACGGAGUCGUCAGAGGAUGAGGACAACAAAGCGGAAAAAGUAAGCCUAUCAGAAGGCAGCACGGUGGACUUGCGGAAGCCAGGGGAGGAAGAGGAUGACUUCUCUGAGACGGCUGACGAUGUUAUGGAGCCAGAUGAAUGUUUCCCUGAAUUCUGUGUUCGUCACUGUAAGUGCUGUGAGAUCAACACGACACGGGGCCUGGGUCAGGCCUGGUGGAGACUGAGGAAGACCUGUUACCAGAUUGUUGAACACAGCUGGUUCGAGACUUUUAUUAUCUUCAUGAUCCUGCUGAGCAGUGGUGCUCUGGCAUUUGAGGACAUCUACAUUGAGAAAAGGAAAGUGGUGAAGGUAAUCCUGGAGUACGCUGAUAAGGUCUUCUCCUACAUCUUCGUCCUAGAGAUGUUCCUCAAAUGGAUUGCCUACGGCUUCAAGAAGUACUUCACCAAUGCUUGGUGUUGGCUGGACUUCCUCAUUGUCGAUGUGUCGUUGGUGAGCCUGGUAGCUAACUCUCUGGGCUACUCUGACUUUGCUGCCAUCAAAUCACUGAGGACUCUCCGAGCGCUGAGGCCCCUAAGGGCCCUUUCCAGAUUCGAGGGAAUGCGGGUGGUGGUGAACGCACUGAUUGGAGCCAUCCCAUCCAUCAUGAAUGUCCUGCUGGUCUGCCUCAUCUUCUGGCUCAUCUUCAGCAUCAUGGGAGUCAACCUGUUCGCAGGGAAGUUUGGUAAAUGUGUGAACCGGACAGGGUUCAUCCACAAUGCUUCCAUCGUCAACAACAAGUCAGAGUGCCUGGCCAUGAACGACACUCAGUUUUAUUGGACUAAAGUCAAGGUCAACUUCGACAACGUGGGACUAGGAUACCUCUCACUGCUGCAAGUGGCCACGUUUAAAGGAUGGAUGGAAGUUAUGCACGCAGCUGUUGAUUCACGUGGCGUAGAGGAGCAGCCAAUCAGGGAGAUCAACCUCUACAUGUACCUCUACUUUGUCAUCUUCAUCAUCUUCGGAUCCUUCUUCACUCUCAACCUCUUCAUCGGCGUCAUCAUUGAUAAUUUCAACCAGCAAAAAAGAAAGAUAAGUGGACAAGACAUUUUCAUGACUGACGAGCAGAGGAAGUACUACAACGCUAUGAAGAAAAUAGGCUCUAAAAAGCCCGAAAAGCCUAUACCAAGACCUACGAAUAUCCUCCAAGGCUUCUUAUUUGACCUGGUAUCCAAGCAAGCCUUUGACAUCAUCAUUAUGAUGCUGAUCAUCGUCAACAUGGUGACCAUGAUGGUGGAGACAGACGAUCAGUCCGCACGCAUGGAGUCCAUUCUCAACAAGAUCAACCUGAUUUUCAUCGUCAUCUUCACCACCGAAUGCCUCAUGAAGAUCGUGGCACUUCGUUGCUAUUUCUUCACCGUGGGAUGGAACAUCUUUGACUUUGUGGUUAUCAUCCUCUCCAUCGUUGGUAUCGUUCUGGCUGACAUCAUUGAGAAGUACUUUGUAUCUCCGACUCUGUUCCGGGUCAUCAGACUGGCAAGGAUAGGACGCGUACUUCGACUAAUACGUGGAGCCAAAGGAAUAAGGACUUUACUGUUUGCCUUAAUGAUGUCCAUGCCAGCGUUGUUCAACAUCGGCCUCCUGCUCUUCCUCGUAAUGUUCAUAUACGCUAUCUUCGGAAUGGCCAACUUCGCUUACGUGAAAAAAAAGGAAGGGAUAGAUGACAUGUUCAACUUUGAGACCUUUGGGAAUAGUAUGAUCUGCUUGUUCCAGAUCAGCACUUCCGCCGGGUGGGACAACGUCCUGGAGCCCAUCAUGUCUAACUCCCCAGAGGAGUGUGAAGCCUACGUCGUCAACACCGGCACCAACGUCCGAGGAAACUGCGGCAACCCGUCUGUGGCAAUCGCCUUCUGUGUCAGCUACAUCAUCAUAUCGUUCCUCAUCGUGGUCAACAUGUACAUCGCCAUCAUCCUGGAGAACUUCAGCGUGGCCACCGAGGAGAGCACCGAGCCGCUGAGUGAGGACGACUUUGAGAUGUUCUACGAGGUUUGGGAGAAGUUUGACGCAGAGGCCACCCAGUUCAUAGAGUUCUCCAAGCUGUCGAAUUUCGCAGACAACCUGUCGGAGCCGCUGCGCAUCGCCAAGCCUAACAAAAUCAAGCUGAUCUCUAUGGACCUGCCGAUGGUGAGCGGGGACAAGAUCCACUGCCUGGACAUCCUGUUCGCCUUCACCAAACGUGUGCUGGGCGAGUCGGGCGAGAUGGACGCCCUCAAGCAGCAGAUGGAGGAGAAGUUCAUGAUGGCCAACCCGUCCAAGAUCUCCCACGAACCAAUCACUACGACCCUACGCCGUAAGCAGGAAGACGUGUCUGCCAUCAUCAUUCAGCGCUGUUACAGACGCCACCUGUUGAAACGGCAGAUGAAACAGGCCUCAUUCCUUUACAGACAGAGGAACCUUCAGACCAACCUGAACUUGCAGGAGCACAUAGUGGUGAACAUAGAGAGGGCCCCGGAGACGGAGGGCCUCAUCGCCGCCAUGAUAAAGGAACACUACGGCCCUGAGGGGCCCGACGAGGAGGAGGAGCUGGUAGAGGUCAUGGGGGUCAUGGAAGGGACUCUGUCCUCCUCACCGCCAUCUUACGACAGUGUGACCCGGCUGGGGGCGGCUAGUGACGUUGGUCAGAUAGAACGGCUAGAAAGGCCGGGAGACUUAGUGUUAGAACUCAGGGAACCUAGCCCCUCACAAACAUAUAGGGAACCUAGCACCUCACAAACAUAUAGGGAACCUAGCACCUCACAAACAUAUAGGGAACCUAGCACCUCACAAACAUAUAGGGAACCUAGCACCUCACAAACAUAUAGGGAACCUAGCACCUCACAAACAUAUAGGGAACCUAGCAUCUCACAAACAAAUAGGGAACCUAGCACCUCACAAACAAAUAGGGAACCUAGCACCUCACAAACAUUUGAAGAGACAUUUCUUUGAGAUAUUGUUUUCAGGAAACAUGUUUUUUGUUGUUGUUUUUGUUUACAACAUGUACAGUAUCAUAACUCGGAACAACUCUCUCGGUACAAGAUGAACAUUUUUAUAGCAGAAAAUACCCAGGAAUUUCAUUGGUAAAAAUGCAAAUAUUGCUUUUCUAUUAUUUAUAUAAGACCCUUUGUCAAUCAAACAAUCAUAUGAUAUGUGUAUUAAUAAUGUUUAGAAACCCAGGCACCAUUUUGAAGAUGGCGAUUCCACUGUAAAAAAUGUAUAAUAAGCUGUACCCAAAGUAAAAGAAAGGUGAGUUAAAAAAAGAAACUUAUAAACAAAUAUGUGAUUUCAUAUAUUCUGUCAUAACGGUUAAUUAACCAGUAAGUGUAAAUGACAAUCAAUCGGCUCUGAAUAACAUUUUAGAAGUUGGAUUCUUUUGUUUUACAAAAUGAAUAGAGAUAAAUAUGGAGUGUUUAGAUCUUGGUUCUCGUUUUGAUGACAGAUGAUGAACUCUUCUCUUUAUUAUCAAAAAUGAAAAUGGCAGCUUGAUUUGCUAAAAAUAUAUAUAUAUUUAUGAAAAAAAGUAUAUUUAAGUAUAUUUUCUUAUUAAUGGAUAUUUCAGGACAAAUGUUGUUCUAACUAAUGAGUUAAUAUGGUAAAGACCACAUGAUUUGAUCAGAAGUGUAUAGUUUAUAUAUAUAUUAUGCACUAAAUUUAGUUUAUUGAUCGGUAUAUCAAAACCCCCAUGGUGAAGGGUUGUGUAUAGUACCAACUGCAACAUAAUGUGCCUGAUAAUGGUUGUCUGUCAUCUGCACACUUUAGUCCUCUUUUAACCAUUUAAUUUGACCUGUGGAAGUAGAAAUAUACAUUACAAACAUAUGUUAUAUUGACCUACGUAAAGCGUUAUGGGGGCAUUUAUGUCAAACAUUUAUAUCUAUCUUUUAUAAUGUAUUUAUAUGUUAAGGUUUAUCUCAAUGACAGUCCAUACGUAUAUAUAGGGAUCAUAGCCAGAGCAAUCAAAUGAUGUGUAUACAACUGUAUUCAUUAUUUUUACAUGAAAGUUGAUAAGAUACUUCCUUGAAAACCUUUUUUUCCCCCCGUAUUACAUUUAAGUAGGUAAUCACUAUAUCAAACAAUAUUAAAAGAUUUUUCCAUAGUUGGGAGUUUUCAUUUUGUUACAGCUAGUUAACAAAUGGUACACUAUUGUUUUCUAUCCUAUUUUAUUUUAAUUUGACUUUAAAAACAUUUUUUUUACAUGUUAUAGCCUAUAAUUAUUACAACAUUUCUGCAUAUAUCAGAAUUGAUUUAUUUCAAAUUCACUGGUUUUAUCCCUCUUGCCUUUUUCUAUUAGACACAUCUACACAUUGUGGCAUGUCAAUGCAUACUAACAUUCACGAUCAAACUCAAAAUACAGUACGAUAUUUUGAGCAACCUGAAUAACCUGAACAAUCCCCAUAUUAUACAGUGUCUUCGGGUCCCAAAUCAAGACCGAUGACCGUCUUGGUCUGUUUUUAUCACAGUGAAAACUAGUUAGCUGCAAUGAUCUCAAUAGUGGACAGGGGUUUCCAGGUGUCACAGUUAAAUCCGCUCCACGUCCGUGUGUUUGAAAGAAAAAACAACAACAGCUGUGCACAUUUGCAACCCUCCAUUGUUAUACUGUGGCUGAGAGACGUACUGCUUUUACAAGUGUGGAUACUGCUGGAAAAUGCAUGUAGGUUUAAGCGUGACUACUGUAGAGUAAAUUAACGUCGAACAGAGUCCAAACACACUUACUGUAAGGGAAUUAAAUGAGCUGAGAUGAGAUGUUUUAAUUCCGAAAAAAAUAUCUGAAAAUAUAUUUUAUUUGGUCUUUCUCCAUCACUCCUAUUGAAUCACUUGACAUUGGGCUAUGUUUUUAUUAACUCUUAGGUUAGGUUUGGAC